GAUGCACCCAUACCUCCACAGUAACUCGGUACCUACCUGUAGGUAGCUCCUGCAGUUUACACAGCGACUGGCACCUACCUUCCAUCCUACCUUAGGAUGCCGGGGUUCAAGGACAACAACAACGACAGCAACAACAAGGUUCACCCUCCGGGCUCUCCCCGUUUGAGAGCCUGCCCGCCGAACUACGAGACAACAUCCUCCUACACAUGCCCGAUCUGCCAACCCUGCGGUCGCUCGUCCGGGCCUCACCCACGAUGCACGCGCAGUACAGAAGCAACCGCAACGCACUCCUCCGAGCCUGCCUGGCCCGCGAGCUGGACGGCUGUUUCGUCGACGCCUACGCCUGUCUGAAAUCUCGCGCACGCGAGAUGCGCCCUGUGCGCACCAACGAGAAGAUCACCGACUUCCUCGCCGGAUACCGCGCGUGGCUGUCGGGGCCGGGCCCACCUUCAGACAUGAAUUCACUCGACCCUAGUUCCUGUCGGUGGCUGGCCGCCUUCCAUGUGUCCGUGAUCAGGCCCCUCGGCCGCCGGUUUGCCGCCUGGGCCCUCGCGAACAUGGCACGCGCGAGGGUGACGCCUGCAGGCGGCCGGGAAGCCGGAGAAGCCGAAGCCGAAGCCGAAGCAGUGCCAGACCCGCAGCCCACCCUGAGCAGGAGCGAGGAGAUCCGCGUUUUCCGUACUCUUUACCGAUACGAGAUCUUCUGCCACCUAUUCGGGCGGAAUAAGUGCGGCCGUGAUGACUCAUUCACAGACGACGAGAUCAAUGAAAUGUUCUUAUGCCUGUUCGAUCCCUGGGAGGCCGAAGCUAUCGGCUGUAUCGACCUGUUUAUGCGUGAUAAAUAUAAGGAUAUAUUUGAAGAGGUUAAAUGGGACCUGAGCGACGAAAAUCCAAGAUACCGGCAGCCAGAUAGUGACGUUAACCCCUUGCAUUCCUUUGAUAUAGAUGGCCAGUGGGGCGACUUUAUGGAUGGUACCGUCUCCCGCGGCAUUGAGAUGUUGGCCAGAAUUUUGGCAGUCGAGGGCCACCAGGCCCUCGUUGACAAGAUGGAGCGUUGCCUGACGCACCACCACGAGCUUGAUGCGCCUCUGAGGAAGGCUCUUUGGUCUGCGAACCAGCUUGUCCGUCGCGACGAGGCAACUUCAGUCAACGCCCGAGAUGAGGCCGAACGCAGGAGGGACCCAAUGGAGUUUGGGGGUGACGCCGUGCCGCCGGACGGGCCGCCUCUCGCGUGGGUGCUCUUAUGGGGCGGAAUCUACGCCAACAUCUACGGGGGGCAUACGCCUACCUCGCUCAGGAAUUGGGGCUACGUCAUCUGGGACGAGCGUCGGUGGACCGAGUUGGGCGUUAAGGAUUUUGUGGUGAGACAGUGGGAGACAGAGCCAGGGCUGGCCAACGAGAUUGAGGAGUUCUAUGGGUGGCGUCCUGUUGGGUGUUAGCAUAAUUACGAGGAAUGAUAUAUCCCCCCUUCAACUAAACCGCCCGUCCGGAAAGAAGCUCUCCCAGGCAAACUCCUCCCCAAACCCGUCAAAGUCAAACCCCUGCAUCGCCUCCAUCCCCAACCCAUCAAAACCCCCCUCAUCCCCAGGCGACCCAUCCAACACCGACCCUCCCCCAGUCUUUUCACU